GAAAUGCGCUUUAUGUAAAUCGUUUACGAUUACUUUUUAACUUGUUCUCAUUACGUGUGUUUUUUUAGGUCUUGUACCUUCACUCAAAGCUCAACCCUCAACUUUGCUCAUAAUUUUCUGUUAAGUUCCUAUCGUUAUUGCUUUUGGGUUAUUCUUUACGCUUACUUAUCUGGGUAUUACUACUACGCACGCAGUAGAUGGAUGAUAUUGCACUUGUGAAAUGACCGAGCCGAUACCUAAAAGUUUUACUGCGAAGUAUCGGUCCAUAUGAUCUUGUUUAUGUUUUGAAUUGAUUAUGUUAAUAGACAUUUCGUUAUUUGUGCAUCGUAAAGUACUUUCUUGAAUUUAACAUAAAGUUGGUGCUGUUAUACACAAUUGUAAGGAUAACCCGCGGUUGCUCGAAAUUUUGCUUUUGGCUUUUACUAAUGUAAAGUAUUCGAAGUAAUAUACGAUUUCCUCCGUGUCAAACGUUAGCAUUGCUAUUUCGCAAUAUUUUAUGUGCAGCGCGAUUCGUUAUUUGUGUUGUGAUCCGUUACAGACUUGCAGAACGCGCCCUUCCGAAUUCAGAUGGCCGCUACCAUCAGAAUUCCAAGAUUUAUUUCGGCGACUCCUCGAUUUAACGUUUGAUUACAUACUGGUUUUCGAUAAAAUCGAAUUGCAAUUAUUACAGUUGCUUGAUAUUCAGGUAACGAUUAUAGCUACGUUGUUUUCUUCAGAAGCCUGUUUUGAUCUUAGUAUUUUUUUCUGACUACGUGUUGAUCCCCUUUUACUAAGAAUCAAUUUAAAUUCAAGCAUUGACAUAACAGAUUACAGUGAUCUAUUUGUAAUAUUCUUGAUUCGAUUGUGACGUCGAUUAUUGUUUAUGUCUGUCUGAUGUCUGUUUGAUAUUAUUCUCGAAUUCUGCACCUUCCUAUCCUAGUGUUAUUUGUUUUUCUAAACCGGUUAUCGUUAUCUUGCACGUCGACCUUUUGUUAUUCGCCUCGUUAAGUUGUUUUGCCAUAGUUUCUAUAACCGUCUUAUGGUUCAGGUUAAUGUGAUAUUUGACCUUGGAUCGAUGUGUUUCACCAUUGCCGCUUUCCCGUACUUUUCCACAAUUAACUCUCGUGUAGUUUACCAAAAUUUGAACGAAUUGAUAUGCCCUGGAGAAAGCUACUUACAUCGUGUUAAUACUUCUGAGAUUUGGUUUCUUUGGAUUCUGUGCAUAGCUGUUUUUGAGAAAUGAAUCCCGCGAUAAGAGCACUUAGACGUCUUUACAGUCAACAAACGGCCUUAACGAUGUCACGUGCAGGACGGUUGUACAACAAAACGAAUUUGGCUGAGUCUUCAGAUGAGUUUCCAAAAAAUGAUUCUCUGAAACUGAUGAUGUACCACUAUCCAUUUAGCAUCAGAGAUUCAAUACCCAGACACGACAGCGAAGUUACAGAUGUAGUUAAGCGGUUUGAUCAAUUCUGCUACUACGCGGGGCCUGAAAGGGAACUCUACGUGGGGACAAUAGUGCUAGAUUGCUACCAAGUUAUCGAGUCGGCCGACAAUCUGACGGUCAAAAAUUUGCGAUUGGCGAGUAUUUUAGCUUGGGUCUUUGAAAAUAUAACAACAGGCUGCAUAGUGGGUGAUGAUCUCCUGGACGGUCACGGGGUACGUUGGAAUAAACCAUGUUGGCACAAAACACUGCCUGCAAACCAAACCUCAUUCUUAGACAUUAAAAAAAUCCAAACAGGCGCCAAGCUGCUACUUUGCAAAUACUUCAGAAAUCAUCCAAAUUUUCCCCAACUUCUGAAUCUUAUUUGCGAGUUUGUGCAUUGCAUCCAUCUCGGCCAGACUGUAGAUUUCAACCUGUCGGAAGCGUUUAGAAAGACACGCGACGGUGACUUACUCAAAAUGGAGAAUUACAAAACUUUAGUGAUGUACAAAACAGGAUUUCCGUUAUACGUAGCGGCCCCACUCGGCGCGAUGUACCUCGCCAAUUUUGACACACAUCGAUAUUUCCCCUCAAAGCACAUUUUUGAGAAACUCUACAUCUAUAGACAGGCUCAGAACGACAUGUGGGACUGUUUCUGCGCUCACAAGGAUGUCGGGAAGACUCCCUCCGAUGUCGUUAACGGUAAAACGACUUGGAUUUCCGGCACCGUCCUGUUGGAGGCAAACAGAAGACAGCUGAAGAAGUUCCUCGAAAAUUACGGUCGCGAAGACAUUGAAAGCCAACGCAUCGUGUUUGAGAUUUUUGACGAGUUGGACAUCGUAGGACUGUUCCGCAAGUUCAGGCGCGAUUUGAUGUGGGAAUGCGACGAACACGCGUCGUCGGUAGCGCAUCCUGCCGUAGCAAAGAUGAUCCACGUCCUUGUUGAGAAGUACGUCAAUGUUUACGAAGAUUACGAGCUGUGAUCGAGUGUCAUUUUCACAAAACUUGUGUAAGCGCAAGUCGAAAACAUAUAAUACAAACAAAUAGUAAUGAUUCAUCAACUGUGACCCUAUUAUCCAUGGGUCAUGAAACAAUAAAAUUAAAAUGUGGCUCAUUACAAGAGAAGCAAGCCAAGGGAGAUAACUAAUCCCUCCAGUUCAGUGUAAUAUAAAUUACGUCAGACCACAGGAACGUUUAUGUUAUGAGUAUAAAGGCUAAUCGCAUAUUAUGUCUAAUUACAUUAAUUAAUCUUAAUUGAAUAGAAUUUACCUUGUAGUGUAGUAUUCCGAAUUUUUUUUCGAGUUGGACAUCGUGGAACUGUUCCGUAAGUUCAGGCGCGACGAGCACGCGUCGGCGAUAGCGCAUCCUACCGUAGCAAAAAUUAUCCACGCCCUUGUUGAAAAUUACGAGCUGUGACCAAGUGUCAUUAUCACAAAACUUAUGUUAACACAAGUCGAAGAAAUAAUUGAUAAUACAAAAUACGUAUGUGUCGUUGCUAAAUGUGAA